AAAUGUAAAAAACAUAAAUUAUUGUAAUACAAAUGUGUAUACUAUCCAUUGAUUACUCUAUAUUACUCUAUAUAUAUAGUUUAUAUUAAAUGUUGUGUAUAACCUGUAAACACAUGUACGGUUCAAUUUCAUGGAUAAACAGAGUAGUUAGACUAGAUAUAAAGAGAAAAUAUAGCGAUAAAAGCAGUAAGAAGCUGUUGGAAUUUUUAGCAACGAUGCCAAAAGUAAAUACAGGAAGAAUAGUCGAAGCUCAGAAGCAGAGACAGACCAUAGCAAAGAAGUCUGAAAAGUAUGGUCCCAGCACUGUGUAUUUGCAGGUUCUGGGGUCGGGAGCACGUGGAGUACCUAAUACACUAUAUCUAUUUACUGACCAGAAACGGUACCUUUUCAAUUGCGGCGAGUGUACACAACGUCUGGCACAUGAGCAUAAAGUAAAACUUUCAAGAUUAGAACAUAUUUUCAUAACUAGUAAAACUUGGAGGAAUAUUGGUGGGCUACCAGGACUCUCUCUUACGUUACAAGAUGUUGGUGUUCCAAACAUCACAUUGCACGGUCCUGAGGGAUUGGAUGAACUGUAUAAAGCCACUAAAAGAUUUGUUAUAAUGAAGGAGAUGAAUGUAAACAUGGCAGAGUGUACUCCAGCUUCAGACUUUGAGGAUAAUGCAAUGAAUGUCAAAUAUGUGCUAAUGGGACCAAAUGAGAUUUUAAAUAUGAAGCCUGCACCGGCUGCUAAGAAGGUAAAAAGAGAGGAACAACAGCAGGAAGUACAAUUUGAAGAGUUUAUUAAUGAUGACACAGAUUAUUACAGACGAGAUAGCAAAGGUCAAAGAAGAAAUAGCACAUCAAAACCAAAUGAAAGGGGUGGUAUUAUUGAUAAGACUGAGAAAGUGUUACAAGGCCUUCAGAUGCCAGCAGAAUCCUGUGUAGCAUAUAUCUGUACAAUCAAGAAAAGACUAGGUACAUUGGAUCUAGAGAAAUGUGUGGAUCGUGGGGUAAAGCCUGGUCCAAUGCUAGGUCAACUCAAGAGCGGUCAGGAUGUGGUGCUACCUGACGGUACAGUUGUCCGCUCUGUUGAUGUCAAGACCCCAGAUGAUCCAGGACCUGUGUUUAUUGUGUUGGAAGUACCUGACAUAUCCUAUCUGCGUGAAGAGGAGUUCUCUGCGCAUUUUGAUAACAGCUCCAACCCAGCGGAGAACAUACCUUCACUGAUGGUCCACUACACACCUCAACAUGUUAUAGAUCAUCCCAAGUACCAAGCUUUCAUGGCGAUGUUCGGUACCACGACCAAGCAUCUAGUGCUCAACUCUCACAACUCCUGUCUCGGCUCCGAAGCCGUACAUAGAAGCCAGCACAAACUACAUCUACUUGACGCAGAUAUAUUUCCCCUACUGCGGGACAACAGUAUACCUGCCGUGUGGACACCGACAGAAAACAAGGUGACAAACGAAAAGCAACUGGAAGAGCUAAAGAAUAAGAUUGCGCUCGCGCAGUUCCAAAGCAUUGCCCACGCGGAGCCGCAACAAGACAGUGGGCGGGGCCUGCUGGCGGGCCGCACGCUCGCUGCGUACCACCUGCGACCUAAGAAGGAGUGGGACACAUCAGCAGGGCCCAAGCUUGUUAUUCAGGACUACAUCCAAGAGGCUUUCAGCGUGGACGGUUUCUCGACGAGUCUGGAGCGGUUUAAGCAAGAAGUGGAGAGUAUACGAGCUAGCAGAGCGGGACGGGAAUACCCUAAAGUUGUGUUCAUGGGCACCGGGUCCUGUAUACCCAGUAAGACGAGGAAUACUAGCGGCAUUCUGCUGCAGAUUGAUGAAAACCGUUCGAUGUUAUUGGACUGUGGAGAAGGGACGUUCGGGCAAAUCGUCCGGUUCUUCGGGCCGAAGCGAGUCAACUCGUUCCUACGGACGCUGCGAGCGGUGUAUGUGUCGCAUCUACACGCUGACCACCACAUAGGACUAAUCGGUGUCCUCCAAGCCCGUAGAGAAGCCUUCUUGGAGGUGAACAAAGAUGUGCCCCCACUGUAUCUGCUCGCUCCGGGGCAGAUCAUGUCCUGGCUGACCAUGUACGACCAGCAAUUCGAGAAGAUCAGAGGGGAUUUCAUGCUCAUACCUAAUCAGAACUUGCUGGAGUCCAAAGACACUGUCACCGAGGAUACACUUACCCCAGCUCUACUCGCUGACAUCGGUGUCCGGCGUGUGGUAACUUGUCUAGUAGCUCAUUGCCCCAACGCGUUCGGCGUGGCCGUCCAUCUACCAGACCAUAAGAUCACCUACUCCGGGGAUACUAUACCAUGCGAGGAUCUGGUUAAUAUUGGAAUGGACUCUACCCUCCUAAUCCACGAAGCGACAAUGGAGGACGAGCUAGCUCAGGAGGCUCGUGCGAAGAUGCACUCGACAACUUCACAGGCGAUCCAUAUCGGGAGCCGCAUGCGCGCCAACUUCACGCUGCUGACGCACUUCAGCCAACGGUACGCUAGACUGCCGCGUAUCAGCCAACAUAUGGUAGAUAAGUGCAACGUUGGCAUCGCUUUUGAUAAUAUGCAGGUAUCAAUGAGUGAUCUACAUAUUCUACCACACAUGUACGCGCCCCUACAACUGAUAUUCGCAGACCACUGCGUAGAAUUGGAACAGAAGGCGGCGCAAAGAGCGAAACGGCAAGAGAGGCGGGCCUCCUCCCCCAAUGUGUCUCCCGGUAUGAUACGUCACUUUUCCACCGCGCAGAUUGCAGACGUAGACCAGAAAGAGACCACAGAUAAAGUGGCCAUAGACUCCACAGAUAAUAAAAUGAUCAUAGACAAAGAGACCACAGACAAAGGCGAGAGUAGGUAGCCAAUGAUUUGUUAUUCGUUUUUGUCAGUGGUAGUAUAAACUUAUCUGAUUCAAAAGCUGUGGAUGUUCCACAAUAAACGACUGUAAGUAAAGAAAAGUUAUUGGUCUGUCAAGAAAUGCGAUAACUUUUACUCUUGGCUGUGAACCGGAUAAGACAUCAAUGUCUGGUUUCUAAAAUAUUUCACAGGAGUUUAUUUAUUUUACAUAGUUGUUGAUUGGUUUAUACUAAUCAGAGA